AGAGACACAGAGUGAAGAGACAGAGGAGAGAGACACACACACAGGCACUGGCGCUGACACCCCCACCUGUGUUUGGGCUGCGGGCAACAUGGAGGCUCGCGUCCGGCAAGCGUUGGAGGCUGCCCGGCGCGACAGAGAUUCAAGCACUCUACUGAAAGGCUAUGAGAUUCUGGUCACUGCCACUACGGAAGGCCAGACAGAGGGAAUCUGCCUGGCGCCAGACCUCUUUGUGAUAUGUGCUGAGCUUGCAAUAGAGAAUGAGCUGCUGGGUGUGGGUGAGGAGUGCGUGCGCCGGUUCCUGCAGACAGCGCCGGCCCUCGGCCCCCUGCUCGUGCGCAUCGUGCUGUGCCAAGCCCAGCUCAACGGAGCGCUGAGCCCCGACCGGCCUGAGCAGCUGAAUGAAUCAAUGCUCUACUACGUCAAAGCUGCACAUUUGGCAAAGCAGGACCCCAGACUGGUGCCUAUGCUGUACCGCAUCAGCGUGCUGUGGUGGCGCUCAGCGCAGCCCUGCUGGGUGUCUGGGCUGCGCGGUCACCUCGCUGGUGCUUUGGCCGCCCUGGUACCAGCUCUGGGAGACUGCGAGGACACAGACCCCGUGUGGACGGCAGAGCUCAUGAUCUGCCUGGUUGAGUCUCUACUGGAUGCAGGGAGAAGUAAGGAGGCUGCGAGUGCCGCUCUCCGUGCUGCCCAGUAUACACGCACACGUGCGCCCCACUUACUUCCACACGUGCUGACUCUGCAGGUGAGACAUAGGCUGCUCGACUCGGCCAAGGCUGCGAAGGAAGCCGCCUCCUCUCCACUCCUCAAGGCACUGGUCCAAAUGCAGCGCAUGAAGGCGCAACUGGAAUCUGGUGAGAGCCCAGCCGACAUCACCGCUCAGCUCAAGCAGAUCCUCAAGCUGCUCGCGUCCUGCGACUCGGCACCACCCUCCCAUCACUCGGGGCUUGUCGUGCCAACUGCCCUCGCUACCCGCUCUCACAACGACAGCCCGACGCAGCCCGACUGCUCCCCGGAGCCAGACGCGUCCACGCCAAGCGCCAGCUGUCCCAGCAGCCUCGCGACGACCCUGGAGGACAGCACCAUGCCCACACACAGGGGCAUUACCAGUCGCGGCGGCAGCGACAGCGGCGGCGUGGCUGGCAACGACGAGGCUGUGGGCGGACAGGAGUCACCAGGCACAAAGCGGGAGCUUAAGAGGCUAGCCGGGGCACAGCGGUUCGAGUUCAAGGAGGCGGCAGCAUCCACCACAGGACCCGUGCUGGCACACACACCCUCACGCGCCCGCGCAACCAAGCACACAGCCGUGCUCAACUCCGUGCAGCUGCCUGACUUCUCGCCCGCAUGGCCCUCCAGCGGCAACUGGGGCUCAGGUGUGGAGGAGGAAGAAGGGCAGGAGGAGGUGAAAAUUAUUCCCGCUGCAUGCAGGCCGGCAGGCAGUCGGGCCAGCAGGUCCGCGGAGAAUGGAAGUGAAAAAAUUGUAGAGCAGUGUCAUGGGAAAGUUUCAGACAGACGUGCGAAGGAAGAGGAUCAGCGGACAGAUGCAGCAGAUUCACCACGUGAUGCGUCUAUGCUCGUGCUGGAAGUACCUGAGAAGAUGCCACUCCCUCCAGAGGACCUCUCCUAUGACAACCUGUCGUUGCUGCUGGAGCUGGCCCAGCUCUGCCUGGAUCAACAGCAGCUGCCUCUGGCUUCCCAGUGCCUAAUGGCUAUUGAGGCGUGCAGGCCAGCUGGUACUGUGCUGCUGCGUGUGGAGUGUCUGCGAGCACAGCUCUCCGUGUCCGCGCUGGGAGAUGACCUGAGCCACCGUUCAGUGCAGGUGCGCUUGGCGGCCGUGCAGCGCCUGCAAGCCAUGUUGCAGAGUGGCGUGGAGGGGCGCUGUGCCCGGGGGGCUGCCGUCUCCUCCUCCGAUGCUGCCCGGGUGACGCAGGAGCUGAGCGCAGCGCUUUGGAACCUCUCUGUGCCGCUGCUUGGCCUCCCCAGCAUGCCCUCUCGUGUGUGCGGGGCCCUUGUUAUUGCCGCGCGGCGCCUGCAGGAGGCCCAAAGCCCCCUGCACGACCUGCGCUGGCAGCUACACUGGGCGCUGGCAGAGAUGGAGCAGGACCAAGUAGUGCGUGGCUCUGGCUCCGCAGAGCGCCACCUGCUGGAGGCGGAACGUCUGGCUCCGAGCGCCGGCCACAGAGACCAUGCCCGUGCUGCCCUGCAGCGCCACCGCUGUGCGACAAACUCCCUCCCAUCUUCCUCCAUUGAGGAGGCGGCCACUAUAAUCUACCAGAUGGCGGGGAUCACUGCCCUGCCCAGCGGCGCUCGUGCUCUGCUCAUCAAGGCAGGGAGGGCUCUGGCUCCUGACACUUUCAUGCAAGUGCUGGAGGCCGAGAAUCCUCACAGAGCGGAGUGCAGUGAUGGACCGUUGGCUGAGCGGGCACGCCUGCAUGCUCAGGCAUCUAUCAGGGCAGCGAGUCACUUGCUCACCAUCGGCUCUGAUCGUGAGAGGGACCGUGUUCACCUGUGGGCAGAGCUGGCCGCGCUGUGUGUGCGUCACAACGUGUGGGACGUGAACCGCGUCGCCACGCGCUUCUGCCUCCUCUAUGACGACGGGCGGUGGCGUGCCCAGCUGCCUGAGGAAGAAAGCAAUGGACCCCAAUCAAAACCACAACCACAGUCCAAGCAGCAGCAAGCACCACAAUCGCAGCAGCAGGAGCAACAGCUCCGCUUAGACCCUCAGCCCCAGCAGCAACAGCAAGUGGCGGAGGUGGCGUCGGGGCAGCAGCAGCCUGUGCUAUCCGCUCAGUCCGAUCGCGAGGUGCUCACCUCACUAGCCAACAUCAACUUCAUCUGUGCAGAGGCCAUGGCUGAGUUACUGAGGAGAGAAGGAGUGGGGUUGUAUGAGGUUCCUCCUCUACCUGCCCAGUACGUGGUCCCAGGGCCCCCUCCAGGGCACGAGGGCCUCCCACCAGACCAGCUGACCGACUGGAAGACGUACACCGACUGGCUGCAUGAGCUGUCAGAGCGCGUGAUUGGCUGCCUGCUGCGGGGGGCGGAGUUGGGCGCAGAGCUGGGCGACGUUGCUGUGGUGAUGGGAGCAGUUGUGCGGCUCUGGAACCACGUGGCUCCGCUGGUGGCGACCGGGAGAGAGUGUGAUGUCCUGGACAAGCUCACCACUGGCCUGAACGUGCUCAGAGAGACGCGCACACACAGUGACCCUGAGCUGUUGGGGCUGCUCUGUGCCGCUGUGGCACGAGGGAUGUGCUCCACCUGGCUGCCCCCAGCACCCCCGAUGCCCCCCGUGCCCCCCGUGUCCUCCGCAGCAACCAGGAAGCAGCAGAAGGGGGGCAACAAGCAACAGGGAGGGGCCCCUGCAAUCAGCCCUGAGGCCUGCAUUCAGCUGAAGAAAGCCCUGGAGGUGUGUGAGUUUGGGCUGCAGAUGACGAGUGUGUCUCCGGAGGGCUCGGCCUCUCGGCAACUGCUGUCAGCCUGGGCCAGAAUCAAACUGGGACUUCAGCAGCCGCCUGUGCUCCCUCCCACACAGGGUGGUAGUGCAGUGAUGCGCGUUCUGGUUGCUGUGGAGGCCCACAGCCUCAGCCCGUGUGGACUCGCCCCCCCACCCUGCCCCUCCCUCACUGAGGUGAGCGAUCAGGCCGCCUCCUGUGAGUGGACGCAGCCUCUGGUAGAGCUGCAGUUGUGGACUCGCAUCGCUACCCUGGCUCUGACUAAUCAGCACGAGGCCCUGGCCCUGCAGAGCUCCCAUAAUGCCCUGCGGCUCCAAGGGGCCAACGUCACAGGGCAACGGUGCCGACUUCUUAAGGGGGACAGGCAGCAGGAGAAGUGGCGCUUGCUGAGUGUCGCGGCAGCUGUGCAGGGUCAGGCGGUGGCACGCCGGCACGGCCAUGGGAGUCUUGCGCUCACACUCGCCACCGACGCCUUCCUGCAGUCCGCCCGGUUUGGGGAACGAGCGGGCAGCGUGACGCUGGUGCUGCAGGCUGUGCGGCACAUGUGGAAUGUCUGUGCUUCGGUGGCCCCGUGCCCUUUGGGCCGAGCGCCACUCCGUGCUCCUCUCAUCGCCCUCCUCACCAUCGUCAGCAACUCCUGUGGCUCCCAACGGCUCCGUCAGAAGUGUGACGUGAAGCCAUCAGAAACGUCCCAGUGUGAGGAGAAAGAGGAGGAGAGAAUGCCAGGAGGUGCUGCUUGGGGAGAGGAGGCACUGGCAGCAUGGACGCGGCUCGCACUGCUGAUGAGUCAGAUUCACGAGGACACGGGAGAUCUCGGCGCUGCCAUGGCGACCGUCAACCACGCGCUGUCCUCCACGCCGCGCGGAAACCACCGCCUGCCUCUCUACCGCCGCCGCGUGUGGCUGAAGACGCGACUUGGACAGGCUCUGGAGCUGGAGUCUGCGCGUUUCCGCGAGGGCGGUGAGCGGGCAUGCGCCCGUGCGUGGCUGUCGCUGGCGCUCGCUCAUCCGCACCCUGCGCAGCAGCUUCUGUGCUACCGCCAUGCCCUCCUCGCCCUGCAGGCUCCCGAGUGUGUGCAUAUGCGGGUGCUGGUGCUGAGGGAACUAUCGCGUUGGGCGCUGGCUCAGGGCUCCUCAUGCCAGGACGCAGUGACGCUGCUCACUCACGCUGGAAAUAAUCUCAUCACGACGCGUCGAGGAGACACGUGUGGGCGACCAGACACGGGCACGGAUGAAGCUGCCACACAUGUGCACACACAUGGCAAUGUGAGUAGCUGGGCACGUGCCUGGCCGGAGGAAGCCCGCGUGCAAGAUCUCGACUCGCUGGCGCAGCUGCUGGUGGAUGGCUGCUCGGUGCUGGGGAGGUGCCAUGGGGGCCAUGCUGCCCCCCUGAUGCACGGGCCCCUGUCUGCAUUCGCAUGCGUCAUGCGCAUGUGGGAGCUGCUGUUGGAGAUGCCCACCGCUGCCACCGCGCCCACAGAGAAAAGCGAUGGUGUGAAGGGCAAACAUAAGGACAAGAGAGACGACAGCGGGAAAGAGAGUCACAAGGACAAGAAGACUCCCUCGGGGUCUGCCAAGCGGAGCAAAACUGCUGCCCCAGCACGUGGGGAUGCCCCUCGUCGCAAGGGCAGCCCUGCCCCACUGCCCUCGAGCCUCCACGGCUGGGCAGCGCCCGAGUGGAGCGAGGAGACUCGAGCUGCCCUGGCUACCGCCCUCCUCAGCGACGACAGCUUCCCCGAGCCGGAUGUCACUGUGGAUUCUCUCGGCGAUCUGGCCCAGCUGCUCUGUGAGCUGCGUUGCCCCUUGCUGGCUCUGCCCGUGCUGCAGCUGGCGCUCGCCUUGUGCACGAGCGAGAGGGGCAACGCUGGGCUGGGGCAACUCUACAGCUUACGCUUGGCCGAACUGUGCACUCACUUAAACAUGCACGAUACUGCCCGGUCUCACCUGAAGGCCGUGGGCUCUGUUCCACUGCCUCUGGAAGAAUUGGCCAGCUGUCGUGAAGAAGUGGAAAUGAGGAAGCUGGGAGCUGCAGGGACUAGAGGCAGCUCACACAGCUUCUCACCGGUGUGCAAGGGCGGGCAUUCGGCUGUGUCCUGUCUCCCUGUGUGGUUGGACAAGGCAGAGGUGCUUGUGCGGCUGGGGCUCAUGCAGCCUGCACACUUCCUGCUGGCUGAAAUACGCACCACCGCCCAGGUGCUGGGUGAGCAACGCAGUCUGGGCCGAUGUCUCUGCCUCCUGGCCCAGCUCUCCCUUGGCGAAGGAUACCCCGGGGGGGCUGGCGGGGUUUUGGAGGUGGCGGGGGGCCCCCGCGGCGGGGCUAGACCUCUCCUGGAGGCCGCCCAGGAGGUGUGCGGGAACGUGGCGCAUGUCGGGAACGUGGCCAUGAGCCGAGCCGAGAGCCUCGUACAAAGCGCAGGGCCGCACUCGCUGCGCCAGGCGUGUCGGGUUUUGGGCCGGGCAGUGCGUGCUCUCCAUGCCGCGUGUGAGCGAUGCCCCAGCCAGGAGCAGCACCUCGGGCCUAUGGUAGCCUCUCUGCAGAACAGGAUGGUGUCCGUGCUGAUGCAGGCCGUGCGUUCGCACUGCGAGACUGGCAAGGGGCACGGGCCUCAGUGGGACCCCUACGAGGGGACCCACGUAGAUUCGUGGGGUCGGCCUCCCUGGGAGGACUUCUGCCCGUUCACUGACGGCGAGACACGGGAGCUGCAAUCUGUGCUGAGCAGUCUGCGUAGGGCCGGCGAGGCGCUGGCACGAUCUGCGGAGACGAUGAUUCAGAGCGGGGAGCGGCACCAUUCGGCACAUGCCCUCAUGCAGGCCGCAUGGGCACUCGGGCUGCAGGCAAGGUGCAGUGGGGAUGAGGAAGUGGUGAGGCAGAGCCUGCUGGAGGCCUGGGGCCUGGGUCGCCGUGCAGUGCUCACAAUGGAGCGUGGAUUCCGAGAGACGCAGACCCUAAUGCCAGCUUUACACAGUGCACAGGCGCUGCCCGCGUGCUGCCUGGCCUCCGUGAAGCUGCAGCUGGUGCAGCUGCUUCAGCUGGGCAUGGAGGAGCGCGAGCGCUCGGAGCGGGCAGAGCGAGCCCACGCGACUGGGCGUUCUGCCCUGCAGCGCCGCGUGGAGCGCCACCUUGACACGUUACUGCAGGAGCAGCGCUCGCCAGCGGAGCGGCACGUGCUGUGGAGCACCACCCUGCGCUCCCUGCCGCAGACGGCACUGACUCAACUCUCGUCUGCGCUGCUGCUGCUGAGUCGGGGCCCUAAUGAGGACCCUAACGGAAUCCAGGGGGGACUGGGGGCCCCGAGGGGACAAGUGGCUCUGCUCUCCGCUCACUGCCUGGGCUGUGUUGCCAGGCUGUACGAGCCACAGUGGCAGGAGAACUGGGGGGAUACGGAGCCAGAGCUCAUGGAGGAAGACGAUGGCUCUACAGAACUGACUUUUCUAUCAUCACCAACACCACCGGUUCCCAACAUACAGGCUGAGCUGUCUCUCCCACAAGCUCAGCUAUGUCAGUCUGUGGAGUUGAUGAGUCAGGCACUGGGCGUUGCUCUGCGGGAAGGUGACCUCCGCACAGCGUCGAGCGCUGCGCUCGCCCUCACGGAUGCCAUGGGGCCCUCGCAGCCACAGGCAGCGGCACAAUACCUGGCGCUGUUCCAGAGCUGUGUGGCAAGCCGGACUCUGGCUGUGGUGCUGAGACGCGUGGCCGGGGCAGCGGGGAGCUCACGUGCAGCCGCCUGCCUCCGCACGGCCACGCGGGACCGCGGACAGGCUGGAAUCUGCUGCCCCCUCACUCCUCCUGUUGCUGCUGCUGCUACUGCCCCCACAGGCAGCGCCGCCGCCACACAUGCCCUGAAGCAGACGGUGUGGCGAUAUCUUGCAGUUUCUACACAGCACCUGGUGCUGAUCAAUGAGCUUCCUCCAAAUCUAGACAUCGUCAUUCUGCAGCACUCCCUAGACAGACGCUACCUCUAUGGAGCUGUGCUGGACAAGCCGGGCUCUUAUGUGGGAGACAAGAAGAAGACGGAGAAACUUGGAGGCAGCCAGCAGCUAGCGUCUCGAACGCGUGUGGCUCGAAUGCAGGUCAAGGCUACGGAGUUGGACUCACUCCUGUGCAGCACACGGGAGCACAGGGAGAGGGCGCAGCAGAGUUAUCUGCAGCAGGAGAAGAGGGAGACCCACAGAAUUUCAGAUGAUGAUGGGCAGCUGCAAGAGGAUCUGGAGGCCAUCGUGGGUCGAACCGAGCAAUACCUGCAGCCAGUGCUGGCCCAACUGGGAGUGUCUGCACUCGGGCUUGUGGACCCUGUAGGGGCGGCUGUGAGCGCUCGCUGUCGAGGUGGAGAAAAAUCAACCAGAGCCAGCGCUGAGCAAGCUGUUGCCCCAGCUGCCCCCCACCUCAUCAUCCUCGCCGAUCUGCAUCUCAUGCAGCUACCCUUGGAGCUGCUGCCCGGGAUGGUGGGCCGCCCCGACCUGCCUCCAUUUCCUGGCCGCACCCCCAGCGCUGAGAACCCCAUGGCUGACGUGGAGCCUCCUAAGGCUCCACAGCUCCAGCCCCCACCACGCUCCAUGAGCCGGGAUUUCUCCUUGCAGAUCCUGCACGGCCGCUGGGUUCGUGCGGCCUGCGGUAGUGAGGAGAAGGGGGAGGGAAAGCCUGGGAAGGAAGAGAAGGCAAGAAGCGCGCGCAAGCCCAAUCCGGUCUCUGUAAGUCAACCUGUGCCGCCUCACUGCAGCAUUGUGGAAGGGCAAGGGCUCAAGUAUAUUAUCGACCCACAUGGACACACACGGGAGGCAGGCAGCAAUGUGGCACAGGUUUGGACUCGCAUUGUGGACUCAUCGUGCGCCCUCACGUCGCGAUGGGAGGGGCUCGCCCCCUCAACAGGGCCCCCCAACGCUGCGCAGUGUGAGCGACUCGUAUCUGCAGCGAGCACGCUGCUCUUCUGUGCUCCCAAGCGUUUCCUCUCCUUCCUCGCUCCAGAGAAACUCAUCUCGCUGAGCCUCAACAAGAGCCCUCUAAUGCUGCUUCUGGACCAGACACUGGUGGGCAGUACGGCUUACAACCCUGACAGCACGCUUGCCCUGGAAAGGGAGCGGGCCCUGGGGCUGCCAGGACCAUUGCUGGGAGCCAUAAUGUUGAGCCUGGCUGGGGCCCGUGCUGUGCUGACUCCACUGUGGCCUAGCAGAGCUGGAGGGAUCGGUGCUCUUGAAAGAGUUUGUGAAGCACUGUUGGUACGGGGGAUGUGUUGUGGUCAAGUGGCUCAGCUCCAGGCUGGGUCUCCACUCAGCGGUGGCGCAGGGGGCCCCUCUCCUCCUUCCACGCCCAGCGUCAUCUCGGAGAGUUGCUGGUCUACAGAAGAGGGCCUGGUUCUCUAUGGGCUGCCCAACGUCGUCAUCAGAUGAAUUUCAAUCAUCUCAGCAUCACUUUUUUCAAUCUUAAGUGGCCAGAUAAGAUACAGCUUCAAUGUCAUAAUCACCAUAUUACUAAUACUAUGUUUACCCAAAGAAGCCUCACUGAGUCUCACGACUCUUUUUUAGGACGGUCCUGACAUGUGUGUGCAGUAGGGAUCGAUGUUGCUAUGCUUAAUCUCAAUUGAGUAAUUUCCAGACAACCCAGAGCAAACCCAUGCAAAACAGGGGUAGAAUGUACAGACUCCAUACAGAAAGGCCUCCGAGUCUGGAAUUGAACCCAAGUCUUUCCUGCUGUGAGGCAUACGUGUUCCACUGUUCCACCCUGCCACCCCAAUCAUCCCAAUUUUGCAGUAAUAAUAAAAACAGGUGUUGCAAGUAAUUUCCGUCAAUCAAUGCCAGGUCACACCAUCCACUUGCAUUGCAAGACAAAGAUUCCACUUAUAUCCUGUCACAGACUGUUGAGGCAGGUGCUGUGAGUGAGCACCUAUAAAGGCCGGCACGGCACAAGAGGGAUGGGUGGCCAACACCAUGCCUGGCCACCUUUGCA